CUGAAGAAACUAGACAACAUUUCAAAAGCUUCUGUCAGAAUAAUUCUUUUGCGAUUUGAUACACACUGCAUAGUUUUGAAAUUGAAUUUAAAACCUCAAUAUUUUUAAUAUCAAUCGAAGAGCGUUGGUGAAGUUAUUUGUGACUUCAUCAUUCUUUUUUAUAUCAAUAAACAUUUUGAAUUGAUUCAUCCAAAAAGAGAUGCAUUCGACGAUUAUUUGGAUUUUAUGUGUUGCGGUGACUUUGACCUUGGCGUCUCGAGCAACCAGGAUUAAUCUUGAACCAAUUUUUGAAGCUAUUAAAUCUGAAAAUAUUGAAAAUGUUCGGAAUUUGAUUAGAAAUCAAAACCUUAAUGUUGAAAAUCGUCGCGGACUUAACCCGCUUACCGCUGCUGUUGAAAAUGGAAAUGAGCGAAUUGUCAGUUUAUUGAUUCAAAAUGGUGCAAAUGUUAAUUAUUCGAAAGCCGCAUUACAAACAGCAGUUCAAAAUGGUAAUGAGAAAGUUGUUGAAAUUUUGAUUCAGAAUCAAGUAAACGUCAAUACUGUAGAUAGUUUGGGAGAAACCCCUUUACAAUUUGCUGCCUAUAAAGGUUAUGAAAAGAUUGCAAAUCUGCUGGUCAAAAAUGGGGCAAAUAUCAAUUAUGCUGAUGUUGGAGGCAUGACUGCCUUACACCAAGCGGCUGCAUAUGGACGCGAAAAAAUUGUAGAUUUGUUAAUCAAAAAUGGAGCAAAUGUUAACGCAAAAAAUAAUUACGGCAAAACAUGUUUACAUUUGGCAUCAGAACAUGGUCAUGCGAAAGUUGUCGAUAUGUUGAGACGAAAUGGAGCCGAUAUUAAUAUUGUGGACAAUAAUGGAAAAACAGCAAUUGAAACAGCUGAAGAAUUAACACAGAACAUGGGAAUACCAAGGAGGACUAAGGCACAAUUAAUAAUACCGUCCUCUUGAAUUGAAAAUUUAUGAAAGUUAAUAAAUGAAAAAAAUUAA